GGCUGCGGAACCGGCACCUGCAAGUGUUCAUAGCGCUCCUGAUCGGCCUUAGGAGCCCGAGAGACGAUCGGGCAGAGGCCGCCGCGGCCCGCUCUGUGCUGCCCGGCAGGCACCGCGCACUUCCGUGACCUCCCCCCCGGCCGCUGCUAGGGACUGGGAAGCAUGGGGCUCCUGGGGAAUGGCUUGGAAGGUCAGGGUCCUCCUGGGUGGCAAAGCUCGAAAAAUCCUUGGGGGGGGGGGCGGGAAUGAGGAAAACCAGGGAGCCUUUGCCCACCGGGCCCUCGACAUCCGACCAGCGCAAACGCCCGCGCAGACUGCAGGUCCCGUCCGAGAGGACUCAGCACGGUCUCCGCAGGGUCCUGACACGGAAGGGUCACUGCCCCGGCUACGGCCACGGCCCCCGCCGGACCCCGGCCUCGGCCCCGGGGACCCGGAGGGACUCAGACCUGCACAGCCCUCCAGUCCGCGCGCGGCUCCACGCGUCUUCCGCUCCGCCCCGGCCCAGGCACGCGCCGGACAGGACCGGGACGGACCGGCGGAGCGCUUUCGAGGAGACACCAGUGGGCGGGGCCAGGCCGUUGCUGGGCAGUUGCUGGGGCCGGACGCUGCGCAGGCGCGGAGCGAGGGUAACGGUCGGGACGCCGGCGGGGCGGGGCGGGGCGGGGUUAGGCGGGAAGUCGUCGCUGGCGGUGUCGCCGUUCCGAGGCUCCCGCGCGGCCGAGGUGGCGUCCGACUCAGGCCUCAGCCCUGCUCGGGGCGCCCGGAGACUGCGGCCGAGUUCCAGACAAACUUGCCAGGCGUAGUUGCAGGUCACUGCCCCAUGGUGGGCCAACGGAAGUAUCACUGGACAUGCAAAGCUGGCUCCUGGAAAAUGCAAGAACCUCCAAAAAGCAUUGAAGAAUUCUUAAAGUUGCGAAAUUGGGAUUAUUGGCCCAGGGAAAUCAGUUGGCCAGAUAAUGAUGAAUGCACAUAUACUCUGAAAAAAAUAAAAGAAGAUAGCUCCUUUACUUCAGUUUAUACACAGCUAUCCAAUAAUGUCCCUCAAAUAUUUGAAGGAAUCACAAUCAUGGAGUCAAGAUUAAAGGAAUGCUCACUUCUUCUGCAAGACCAUGCCUCCAAACUAUUUGAACUGACCAGCAUGAUUUCCAAGACAAGUUCUUUUGAAAAAUUGCAAAGAUACAAGGCAUUUCUAAAGAAGUACCAAAAACAAAAGAAGAUAAUGCUUUCAGAUGAGAUGGAGACAGAGAAGAAUAUAGAGGGUUACAACUUCUCAGGAUUCAAAACAAGUGCAGUUACUGAGUUACUCAGACAUCUGGAUGCUAAACGAAUUUAUCUUUUUAUUUUAAAAGCUCAUAACUUUGAUGAAAGAGUUUUUAGAGUUUGGAAGACUCAUUUCCUCUCAGAAGCCUCCAUUGCUCUUUUGCGUGACUGCUUUUGGUGGUGGUUUCUCUAUAAGUUUAAGCCUGACAGAAAAUAUCAAGAUUGCCUAUUUGAUAGAAUUGCAGAAAGUUAUGUGACACUUUUCAUGAGCAUACCUCUCAGUAGAAAAGAUGCAUUCUUUCAGGUAUAUCCUGAUUGUUUGACAUAAGCAAUCUAUGCAACAUUCCUAGAAGCAGUUCCAGAAUCUAGUAACCUCUUUAAUGAUCAAUUUAAAGAAGAUCUAGGAAAUAACAUUUUUCUUUGGAUGUCAGGUCUGAAGCCUCAGAAAGGUUUCUGGGCCCACUGGAAACUGAAAGACCUCUCUUCAACCACCAUACGUGGCAGCAAGAAGGUGCGUGCAAAAUCAAUACAGGAGAUGAUCACAAACAGUCCAGAGCGCCUAUCAGCUAGUAUUGACUUCAGCAUGACAAAAAUUUUAAAGAAUCCAAGAGCGCAUCAAUGUCCAUUUAAGGAAGACUCAGGCUUAUCGAUACUAACAGCAAAGUCCCACUGUAGUAGCAUUGGUCCAGAGUUUUACCCUGUUCUCUUCAAUUUUGGAGGUCAGAGCCCACUGAUUUUAUACUAUCUUAAAAUGCAUGAACUAGAGGUUAUUUCCAAGACCUCUAAGCAAAAGAAGAUCAAACUCACUGAAAUACUCCAAGAGCCAGCGCCUGGUCCAACGUACUGCGAUGUUAUAAAGGAGGCAAAAAGACAAUUUGCAAGCAACCAAAGGGAUUUUCAGAUACUCCAAACAAAGGCUACCAAGAAACCUUUCGAAGUUGAGAAUGACUUUGAGAAGUUCCUGCAUAAAGUGCACACCAAGGCUCAAAUGCACAGAGAAUCUGUAGCAGCAGUAACCACAGAGGAUUAUAAGUCAGAGGAGGAAGAGCAGAAUGUGAAGGGAAACCAAAAGUGA